GAAAGCAUCGCCAUUAUCAUCGUGCGAGUUUACGAGGUGUGAAAGUUGUUGGUUUAGAAAUUGGGGAUUAGGGUUUCUGAUUAAUAGAGAUUGAGCGAGUUUCGCUAUUUGAUUCAGAUUUUUAGGUUUCAUUUGUAUUCUUGUUAGUCUUCCCUCCAACCCAGAUAUCCCAAACUGGAUUAUAAAAUAAACCGGGUCGGGUCUAUUUAAACCGAUUGGCCCGGUUAUUGUUACAAAUUAAAUUACCCGGUUUUGUUAACAUUGUACGAGAUUGUGCUCUUUUGAACUCUUGCUUUCGUUGGAUAGUUUGAUUCAGGACAAAAGAAUUUGAGGCAGAGCAAGUGAGGGAUAAACCAUGGGCAAAGCUUCAAGGGAUAAGAGGGAUAUAUAUUACCGGAAAGCAAAAGAAGAAGGUUGGCGUGCUCGAAGUGCCUUUAAACUUCUUCAGAUAGAUGAGGAAUUUAACAUUUUUGAAGGUGUAAAACGUGUUGUAGAUUUAUGUGCUGCCCCAGGAAGCUGGAGUCAGGUUUUGAGUCGCAAACUGUACCUUCCAGCCAAGCUUGCACCUGAUACAGAGGAUGAAAAUCUUCCUCUUAUUGUAGCUAUUGAUUUGCAGCCAAUGGCUCCGAUUGAAGGUGUUAUCCAGGUGCAGGGUGAUAUAACUAAUGCUCGGACUGCUGAAGUGGUCAUUAGACAUUUCGAUGGUUGCAAGGCCGACCUGGUUGUGUGUGAUGGUGCUCCUGAUGUUACUGGGCUUCAUGAUAUGGAUGAAUUUGUUCAAUCCCAACUCAUACUUGCAGGGUUGACAAUUGUAUCUCAUGUACUGAAGGAAGGAGGGAAGUUUAUUGCAAAAAUAUUUAGAGGAAAGGACACAAGCCUUCUAUACUGUCAGCUAAAAUUAUUUUUCCCUGUGGUGACUUUCGCAAAACCUAAAAGCAGCCGUAAUUCCAGCAUAGAGGCAUUUGCAGUUUGUGAAAACUACUCCCCACCUGAAGGAUUCAACCCGAAAGAUCUUCACCGGCUUCUUGAAAAGGUUGGAAGUCCAUCAGGGGUAGAUGAUACAGAUUGUGUUAGUGGGUGGCUGGAAGGCCCUAAUAAGGUGUAUAUCCCAUUUCUAGCUUGCGGGGACCUUACUGGAUAUGAUUCUGAUAGGUCAUAUCCAUUACCUAAAGUUGCUGGUGGAACAUAUCAGAGCUUGGAUCCAGUACAACCCCCUAUUGCCCCUCCUUACAAGAGAGCUCUAGAGUUAAAAAAAGCAUCAACUCAAGGAUUCAGAGAAAUUGAAAAUCUCUCCUCGGAUUCCUGAUACUGUUCAUUCAUAAUGCCAUUUGGAACUCUAUUUUAUCUUUCCAUGAUAAGAUUUGUGGAUAAACAAUUAGUAGUAUCAACUUAUGUGUGACUUUAACUGCUUUCUUUUAGCUUGUACCAUCAUUGUCUUACCUUCAUUGCGAAUACUUUUUUGUCAAUUUUUUAAAUGAAUGGAAAUUAUUUUAUAUAUAAGUA